GAUUGAAUCGGCUCCAUAGGCAAAAGAACAAUCUUUACUUUGAUUGGAUUCGUUUUUCUUCUCUUUCCUCGGUAUCGAUUGAAGCUGUGAUGGGAACCGACGAUGAUUACCGGGAAACUGACGCCGGCAAGACGGACGGCGUCGGAUUCAGUGGCCCUCUCGGCAAGCGUGGCGGCAUCGGCAGCAGCAACAGCAGCAGCCGCAAGAGCGCCCGCUUCAGCCUCUCUUCUUCCGCCGCCGGCGUCGAUGAGGGAGACUACGUGGAGAUCACCCUGGACGUGCGCGACGACGCGGUGGCGGUGCAUAGCGUCAAGCCGGCCGGCGGAGCGGAGGAGGACUCGGAGAUGUCGCUGCUGGCGCGGACGCUGGAGAGGCGGUCGGCCUCAUUCUCCGCGUCGUCGAGGUUCCGGCAGGUGUCCCAGAAGCUCCUCCGGCUCGCGUCGCUGACAAAGCGGCCGGCCGCAGCACCCAUCGACCGGUCCAAGUCCGCUGCGGCCCACGCGCUGAAGCGGCUCAAGUUCAUCACCAAGGCUACCGGCGCCGCGGGGUGGCCGGCCGUCGAGAAGCGCUUCGAGGAGCUCGCCGUCGACGGGCGACUCCACCGCUCCCGGUUCGGACAGUGCAUCGGCAUGAAGGAGUCGAACGAGUUCGCCGGGGAACUGUUCGACGCGCUGGCGAGGAGGCGAAGGAUCGCCGGCAAUGAGAUCACCAAGGAUGAGCUGCGAGAGUUCUGGGAUCAAAUCGCCGACCAGAGCUUCGAUUCUCGGCUCCAAACCUUCUUCGACAUGUUGGACAAGGACCUCGACGGAAGGAUCACAGAGGAAGAGGUCAAGGAGCUGAUCUCGCUGAGCGCAUCGGCCAACAAGCUGUCGACGAUCCAAGAACAGGCGGCGGAGUACGCCGCCCUGAUCAUGGAGGAGUUGGACCCCGACAACCUCGGCUACAUCGAGAUAUACAAUCUGGAGAUGCUGCUGCUGCAAAUGCCGAGCCAGUCGAUGCAGAUCGGGACGACGAACAGCCGGAACCUGAGCCAGCUACUGAGCCAGAAGCUUCGACCAGCGAAGGAGGAGAGCCUGCUUCGGCGGUGGUACCAGCGGUUCCGGUACUUCAUGGAGGAUAACUGGCAGCGGGUGUGGGUGAUGGCGCUGUGGCUCUGCAUCUGCGCCGGCCUCUUCGCCUGGAAGUACGUGCAGUACCGGCGGCGGGCGGUGUACGACAUCAUGGGCGCCUGCGUGUGCGUGGCCAAGGGCGGCGCGGAGACCCUCAAGUUCAACAUGGCGCUCAUCCUCCUCCCAGUCUGCCGCAACACCAUCACCUGGCUCCGCACCCGGACCCGCCUCGGCCGCGUCCUCCCCUUCGACGACAACCUCAACUUCCACAAGGUGAUCGCCGUCGGCAUCACCGUCGGCGUCGGGCUGCACGUGAUCUCUCACCUGACGUGCGACUUCCCGAGGCUGCUCCACGCAAGCGACGAAAAGUAUUACAGCUCGAUGACGGACUUCUUCGGCGACCAGCGGCCGGACAAUUACUGGUGGUUCGUGAAGGGGACGGAGGGGUGGACGGGCAUCGUCAUGGUGGUGCUCAUGGCCGUGGCUUUCACCCUGGCCACGCCCUACUUCCGGCGAGGCCGCGUCCGGUUGCCCAAGCCCUUCCACCGCCUCACCGGCUACAACGCCUUCUGGUACUCGCACCACCUCUUCGUCGUCGUCUACGUGCUCCUCAUCGUCCAUGGCUACUUCCUCUACCUUACCAAGAAAUGGUACAAGCGAACGACAUGGAUGUACCUGGCGGUUCCGUUGAUCCUCUACGCGAGCGAACGCUUGAUCAGGGCGUUCAGAUCGAGCAUCAGGGCGGUGAAGAUACUGAAGGUGGCGGUGUACCCCGGCAAUGUGCUGACCCUCCAGGUUUCCAAGCCACAGGGCUUCAAGUAUAGAAGCGGACAGUACAUCUUCGUCAACUGCGCCGCCGUCUCCCCUUUCCAGUGGCAUCCAUUCUCCAUCACUUCCGCUCCACAGGACGACUAUAUCAGCGUGCACAUUCGAACACUCGGCGACUGGACUCGCCAACUCAAAGCUGUCUUCUCGCAGGUCUGUCAGCCGCCGAUGGGAGGGAAGAGUGGGCUACUGAGAGCAGACUUCGAUGACAACAGCAGCAAUGGGCUCGCUCCGAGCUUCCCGAGAGUGCUGAUCGACGGGCCGUACGGCGCGCCGGCGCAGGACUACAAGAAGUACGAGGUGGUGCUGCUGGUGGGGCUGGGCAUCGGCGCCACCCCCUUCAUCAGCAUCGUCAAGGACAUCGUCAACAACAUGAAGGAGCUGGACUCGCUCAUGCUCGGCCAAGAAGGCGGCGGCAGCGGCGGCGACGCCGAGAGAGACAUCAGUCGGGCAUCGACGUCGAUGUCCACCUCGUCGUCGUCGUUCAAGACGCGGCGCGCGUACUUCUACUGGGUGACGCGGGAGCAGGGGUCGUUCGAGUGGUUCCGAGGGGUGAUGAACGACGUGGCGGAGACGGACAAGAAGGGCGUGAUCGAGCUGCACAACUACUGCACCAGCGUGUACGAGGAGGGCGACGCCCGCUCCGCCCUCAUCACCAUGCUGCAGUCGCUGCACCACGCCAAGAGCGGCGUCGACGUCGUCUCCGGCACCCGCGUCAAGUCCCACUUCGCCCGCCCCAACUGGCGCAGCGUCUACAAGCGCAUCGCGCUCAACCACCGCGACAAACGCAUCGGUGUGUUCUACUGUGGAGCUCCGACGCUGACCAAGGAGCUACAGCAUCUAGCGCAGGAUUUCUCACACAAAACCACCACAAAGUUCGAGUUCCACAAAGAAAACUUUUGAUGCAUCAUUUUUGUCAGAGCAGUGGAGUUGCUAGCUGAUUAGAUUCUUAUGGUUUAUAGUUCACAUAAGCAAUACAGAAUGUACAGCAAGAUGUGUUUUUUAGUUGCUUUAUUGCUAUGGGAAGUUUUGUUCACUGUUUAGUAAGAGAUAAGAAGAAAAGGAGUCACAAGGCAAUGGUGGUACAAGCUGAACCAGCCAUCAAUUCAGAAAUUAGUUAAAUGAUUAAAGGAUGAGGUCAGUGAUUGCUGCCUCUCAAUUGUGGGACACUAUUGGGGUGUAACCUAAUCGGCAUAUAUUGAUGCUGACAUUAACGGAGAAAAAAUUGGGACGAGCAUAAAAGACA